GCAGUGGGGAGGCUCUUGUGAGGGCGGUCCUUUUUAAGCUGCCUGCUUGUAAAACAAUGAAGAGCUUUGAGGUAGGACAGUUUUAAACUCCAGCCAGUUCUUGUGGUUGGUUUAGUUGGUGGUGUAUUUUUGCUGCUACUUCAGAAAAGCUUGUGGAUUUUCCUAUUUAACACAAGUGUUCUAGCCUUAAGUGGGGAGCACUGGAGAGAUUCAGGAGGUCUGGGGAAUAAAAAAGGAAGGAUCUACAGCAGUGAAAAGCUUCUUUAGAAAGUGAUCCUCAGUGUGAAAGUACCUGUCAGAGUGAGGGGAGCUGCUGAACGCUACUGAAGGACUGUAGAACUCACUGGAUAGAGUGUCUGUAAGACAGCAGCACAGUUCCUCUCGGGUUGGAGCUCUCUGGUGGAGCUGGAGCUGAGGGGCAAUGGUGGGAAGACUGAACCUGCACAAUGUGUCUGACGACGAGCUUCUGGAUAUGAGUUUUAAAGCUGAGCGCACUCUGGACAGUCCGGACUCCGGACUGCCGCCCAGCCCCAGCCCCAGCCCCUGGCUACUGCCGGCGGGCAGCGAGAGGAGCAGCGGGGGCUCAGAGGACGAAGCCAGGGUUCCACCAAAACAAUUGAAAGGUCUUCACCCAUUCUCUUAUGGGGAAGGAAUUGAACUUGAUCCUCUGCCUCCAAAAGAAAUAAGAUACACCUCAUCAGUGCGCUAUGACUCGGAUCGCCACUUCAUCCAGGACGUGUCUCUACAGCCCAAGGGUCUGGGUCUGGAGCUGUGCAGCCAGACUGUGUUGGCUCUGUCUCAGAGCACCUGGAGGCGUUACAAAACGCAGCUGGAGUUCCAGCCUCGUCAGCGGGUGCAGCGCUACCAGAGCACCACUAUUGUAUACCCCAAGCAUGCCAGGACCCUCUACACCACCCACCUCAGUUAUGAUGGACGGAAGCUGUCCAAACGCUUCCUGUCCAGUGUGGAGCUGGAGGCGUCUGACUGUAGAGCCAGUCAGAACUGAAGGGUGAUUGGCUUUUCAGAGAUUUCUUACAAAGUAUGCCUAUCCUUAACCCUUUAAAGACUGAUGCUCACAGUAAUCGGGACAAAUCUGGACUAUUAACUAUGAGUGGACUUCCUAAGACUGCCUGUUUUAACCCCCUGUUUCUUUUAGCAUAAUUGUUUUUAGCUGGGACUGUUAUGGCUCUGGUUUAGAGAGAUUAGCUUUGGCAAGUGGAGGGUUGGAUUAUGGAAAUGGAUCAUAUUUUCUAAGUAACAUCUGCAGCCUUUUCUGUGACCCAAACUCUGUGAGAUUCUAUUACUUUGGGCUUUUUAAUGCUGCUGCAGAUGUUUGCUUGGUUUUGGUUAAUGCUGAGAUGAUGCUCAGUGAUGUUGGAUCAUUACUGACUGAGGGGUUUAUUGGUAGUUUAUUGGUAGUAAGGCAAACUGUAUAUAAAACCGUGCAGGGAAGUGACUUAUGAGGAUGAGAUGAUUUUACUUGUAAUGCUGAUAUAAAAUUAAACAGGUAAAAAGGCUGUUUUAUGUAAGUUAAUGGGGUAUCUGUAGUUUGUUUCACUGAUGAUGUAAAGUGAGAUAGCUGCACACAUACAUCAAGGAAAAUGCUAGUAUUGUAACAUUGUAUGGUCCAGGGUGACUAUAUAUUUAGGUUUUCAUGAAAAAACCUGCAAACCUGAAAUCUGGCUUUUUUAAGUCAAUUUACACAAAAUCAUAAUUUUAAACUGCAUGUGUGCAGAUAUGUGGCUUUUCCUGUGCUUUUGUUCACCCUGCUCUGUUUUGAAUGUGCACAUGUUGAGAUGUUUUACCCAGGUCUAACUUCACAUUUAUGUAUCACAGGACUCAAGAAUCUGUGCGCUCUCUCAUGGAUGGAAAAUUAUUUUCUUAAGAAACAGGGUAAUAUUGGAUAUUUUGCACAGUGCUAACAGGUCGAGAAGAUAUGGAUUUGCAUACCUGAAACCCAGGAUCCACUAGAGUUCGACACACACUCUUCACAUUCUAUGUGCACUACUGUACGUCUAUGUUUAGGCAUAUGUCAUUUUCAAGAUUUUAUCACGUACCGUAAUUCUUCCUUAUGAUUUUUUCUUUCUGAAAGUAAUAUGCCAAGUAUAUCACACUGCUUGGUUGUAAUGUCUUGUUUGUUUGGGUUUUUUAUUUUUGCUGCGAAUAAGUGAGGAAAUAUGAAUGGUUGUUCUGAGAGGGAGAACUGAUCUCUUAUGAAUGUGUGUGUUUGUGUGUGUAUAUAUGUUUGAAUUGCAGCACUUGUAGACAAUCCCAUUUCUUUUAAUGUAAUGACUUUACCAGUUCAGAGGCACUUCAAUUUAAUCAUGUCAUAUGAAAAUCACUGUUUUCAGUAUAUUUAUUUCAGUUUUCCGAAUAUUGUUGCCCUGUUGAAUAUUCAGAUGAAUAGAAAGGGGUAUAGGACAAAUCGUACAAAACACAUUAGUUUCAGGCUGAAAUAAACAUGGGCUUUUUCCAACAA